CGGGCCGUGGUUUGUUUGAACCACGUGAUGUUAAGAAACUUCCUCGCAAAAUACUGUAAACAAAUCUACGAAUAUUUUUUCGGUUGCGACAUAUCCUGAACAGUGGUCUGUUUAAAUUAAGAAACAAUACUAAGUUUUAGCUCGAGAUCGCACGUUUUUACAUUAGUGCAGAGCAGCUGGACAGACAAAAGGACGGAAGUGUUGGAAAAGCGCAACGUGCAGCGCGUUUGUUUGUUUGGUUGAGUGGUCGAGAUUAUUUACUGAAUGCUCAGGCGCGUGUGAAAGCGGGAUAGUGACACACGGUUAGAGGUUUUCUCAUGCCUUUGCGUUGACAACGCUUCUCUUCUGGUGACAAUACUGCGGUUGCAUUUGUCUCGAAGAAAUAAUUUGUGUUUAGACAUGGUGAAGCAAACCAAGGCCAAAACUUUCCAAGCCUAUCUGGAUUCCUGUCAUCGGCGCUAUAGCUGUGUCCACUGCCGUGCACACCUGGCUAACCACGAUGACCUCAUUUCUAAGUCCUUCCAGGGGAGUCAGGGACGUGCGUACCUCUUCAAUUCUGUGGUUAACGUUGGUUGUGGUCCAGCAGAGGAAAGGUUGUUGCUGACUGGACUUCAUGCUGUGGCUGAUAUUUACUGUGAGAAUUGCCACACCACGCUGGGCUGGAAAUAUGAGCAGGCAUUUGAGUUAAGUCAGAAGUAUAAGGAGGGGAAGUUUAUUAUUGAAUUGUCUCACAUGAUUAAGGAUAAUGGAUGGGACUGAAGCCCUUAGCAUGUGCUUUAAUUUACUGCCACCUGCUUGCAGAUUCUCCGAGAACAGCAUGAGAUAUGCUUCCUUUUAAAUGUCCAUUUAUGUCUACAUUACUAUUGCGAGCACCUUUUUUCAUGCGGAUAUCACAAUACACCAGGUUUUCAGAGGGGAUGGGGAGCCUGACCUGGGGUGAGUGUGUGUAUGUAUGUAUGUAUGUAUGUAUGUAUGUAUGUAUGUAUGUGUGUUUGUGUGUGUGUGUGUUAGUCUAUUUUUGAGAAAGUUUAAGGAAAAAAAACUGUGGUUGAAUUAUCCACCACUAAAAUCAUGUUUCAAAGAAUUCUUUAUAUUUGUUGGGAUUUGGACAUAAGCCCUAAAACUCCUGAUUAAGUGCAAUUCACAAGGUUUGGAUCAAAAAUGAUCAAAACGAUAAGGUCCAAUACCUUUUUAUCCAGUUCAUUUUUACUUUACAGAACGAGGUCUUUGAGGAUAAAAUCGAACUAGAGCCAAAUUUAGAGUUAAAUUAUUUUACUGUUGUUUGUAAAUUAUGUACUGGGUUUUAUAUGUGAAAACUUUGUUUAAAGAGGAUUAUGUGCAAUAUACGUGUUCGAGAGCAAGAGUUUGCAAAAAAGGAUGAUUAUUCAUGCCUCCAAAUUCUGUAAUUUUGGUUGAAUUCAUCUUUUAAUUUAACAAGCCAUUGACAAAAUCCCAACAAAUGAAAAUCUGCUGUGUGUGACUGUGAGAGUGAACCGCAGGCUGUAGAGAUAGUCCACAGCUAACUUGACAUUGACACUUCAAAAAACGCUUGUAAACGCAUUUAAGAUGUAAUGGGAUAUACUUUUUUAUAUGUCUGUCUUAUUUGUUGCCUUUCGUCCAUGAUAAAUGUUGUAAAUAUAAUCUAACAUUGAGCAGCAUGUACAGAGACAUUUAUCUGAUCAUGUUAGAGCAGACAUAAAAGUGUGUUUGUGAUUAUGUAGCAAAAUAUUUCUUUGAAUGCUAAACCGUAAAGUGUAUUACAUUAACCUGAAUUCUUUACAUUAAAGUAUAUGGGGUAAAUAAAAACUGUGACUGUG